AUGUCGAGCACCGGCCGUCGAACUCCGUCAAGACGUUUGGCCUCCAGACAAGGCGAUGCUCCGUCGAUAAGAUCGGAAACAUCAAGUUCGCGCAACAGAUCGCCCGAUCUUCGCUCACUUCCACCAAGUGAAGCGCCAAUGCCCAGUGAAUCUACUUCACCGGUUGCCUCCGUUCGAAGUGGUGUCUCUUCGCUUCGUUAUGGCUCUGAGUUGGGCAUGUCGUCCCAGGGGUCGACGGCACUGUCGUCACGUCGUGGGCAUGCUCGUGCUGAACUUGGAACAGCCCCAAGUCACCAUAGAACAGUCCGUAUCGAAGGAUUUGAGGAUGAUCUGGCUGAUGACAACAACCAACCUCGUAUGUACAUCUGGGGAACAAGAAUUUGCGUUGUAGAUGUGCAAAGAGCUUUCCGUGGUUUCAUAACCGAGUUCAAGGUGUCAGCACUAGAUGAAGACGAGAAUAUGUUAAUGCUUCCUUCAACGCGCCAAGCUGUGGACACUACUAUUCCCUAUUACAUGGAACGCCUUUUCGAGAUAGACCAGACGGAUUCCUCUUUUCUGAAUCUGAAUCUUGCUCAUGUGAAAAGCUAUUCUGAACCUCUCUAUAGGAAGAUCGUUGCUUAUCCAGCGGAUGUAAUCCCAUAUCUCGACAUGACAGUGAAUGAAAUCUACCAGGAGAAGUACAAUCGUACAUUAGCUACACCCAUUGAAUUGCGUCCUUUCAAUGCCGAUAAGACGAGAAACAUGCGCAGCUUGAAUCCAUGUGAUAUUGAUCAACUGAUUACUAUUACUGGAAUGGUUACACGUACAUCGUCCUUGAUCCCUGAAAUGCGUAUGGGAUUCUUUCAAUGUUCGGUUUGCAAAUUUUGCGUUGAAAGCGAAGUGGAUCGUGGAAGGAUUGAGGAACCAACUGUUUGUACGAACUGCUCAAAUACUAUGUGCUUCCAGUUGUUGCACAAUAGAUCGAUAUUCCUUGACAAGCAGAUCAUGAAACUACAGGAGUCACCUGAUGACAUGCCAUCUGGGCAGACUCCGCACACAGUUACUGUCUUUGUUCAUGGUAGUUUGGUAGAGUCAGUGCAACCAGGAGAUCGUGUCACUCUUACUGGAAUAUUCCGUGUACAAGCGACUAAGGUGAAUCCUCGUCAUAGAAAUUUGAUGGCUGUCUACCGGACCAACAUCGAUGCACUUCAUUUCAGAAAAACGGACUCUUCACGACUUCAUCAAGAUAACGGCGAAUCAUUAACAGAUGAACGUAUCCAACAAAUUCGCAAUCUGUCCAAACGUGCAGAUAUCAUGGAUGCUCUCAGCCACGCUAUUGCUCCAUCUAUUUAUGAGCACAACGAUGUCAAGAAGGGCAUUCUUUGUUUGUUGUUUGGAGGGACUACUAAGGAUGAUGAAACCACUCACAAAACUAAACUGAGGAGUGAGAUUAACAUUCUUCUUUGCGGUGAUCCAGGAACUUCAAAAUCCCAACUUCUGCAAUAUGUUUACCGCUUGCUUCCUAGAAGUCAGUACACCAGUGGAAAAGGCUCCUCUGCAGUAGGACUGACGGCGUCAGUCUCACGUGAUGCUGACACACGGCAGUUGGUACUGCAGACUGGUGCACUUGUGCUGGCUGAUAAUGGAGUUUGCUGUAUUGACGAAUUUGAUAAGAUGAACGAGUCGGCAAGAAGUGUCCUGCAUGAAGUAAUGGAGCAGCAGACUAUGUCGAUCGCGAAGGCGGGUAUCAUUUGCCAGCUGAAUGCACGUGCUUCAAUCCUUGCUGCGGCAAACCCAGUAGAUUCUAAAUGGAACAAAGAUAAGACAAUUGUAGACAACAUUCAGCUCCCCCACACACUUUUAUCCAGAUUCGACUUGAUUUUCUUAAUGGUGGAUCCUCAAGAUGACGCUUACGACAGACGUCUGGCAAACCAUUUGGUAUCGCUAUACUACAAAGAUACCUCUGAAACGCAAGCUGAAAAGCUGGAUAUGGCACUGCUGAGAGACUACAUUGCUUACGCCAAGGCUAACAUCUACCCAAAAUUGACCGAUGAGUCGUCGCAAUUCAUUAUCGAUAAAUACUUGUUUAUGAGAAAGGCUGGAGCUCAGCACGGCCAGAUAUCGGCCUACCCACGACAGCUCGAAUCGCUUAUUCGCUUGUCAGAAGCUCAUGCAAAGAUACGCCUUGCAGAUGCGGUGACGAUCAAUGAUGUUGAAGCGGCAUACAAUCUAUAUCGUGAAGCACUGAAGCAGUCGGCAGUUGAUCCAGUUACUGGUAAAGUGGAUGUUAACAUUUUGGCAGCUGGCAUGAGCGCUACAAGUAGGAAGAUUGUUCAGCAGGUUGCUGACGCUAUUGCUGAGCAUUUGGACAGCACUAAAGGUGUGAACAUUUCGGCGAAGAAUCUCUUCAUGGCUCUUAGACAGGCUGAUAAGACAUUGAAUCGCGAUAUUUUCGAUGAGGCUCUGAAUGAGCUAGCCAAGAAGGAGGUGAUUGUAAGAACAGGAGAACGGAUUCGUUACUUGACAGAAACUCGAUUUCUCAGUGCCGUCGCUGCAGUAUUCAGUUCGCAGUUACCUUUGCGAAUUGAAAGUCAAGAUUCUUGUUGUUGUUUUUCUUGGCAGAGUUUGAUGUCCAGUCAACCAAUAGACGUUGACUGCACAGACCUUGCUGCUUUUAUGACAAGGUUAAAUGCGCUGAGGAAGGCUGAUGACUCUGUAAUAAUAGAACUAAAUGACGCCUUACCUACUCAGUCAUUUCAUCCAGUGAAUAGCCAUGCUACCUGCAAAAGUGUCGGCGAACGACUUAGUGAACUGCAGAAGGAACGCUUUGCAUUGAUCACUAAGUGUUUAGAAGAGAAUGAACGGCGGGGAAAGACUGUGCCUGAGGGGACGUUGGAAGCAAAGAUAGUACGCAACACAAUUCGGCAAAUUCGCGCAGAAUUUGAGGUCGAAGAAAUCAUUGGUGCCAGAACUCGCAAAGCAGUCGAUGAACGUUGCGGAAAGAUCUUCUGA